AUGACUAAACCAAAGAUUGGAAUCAACGGAUUUGGUAGAAUAGGCAGGCUUGUAUUGCGGGCUGCAUGCUACAAAGAAACAGUUGAGGUUGUCGCGGUUAAUGAUCCUUUCAUAGACAUAAAUUAUAUGGUUUAUAUGUUUAAGUACGAUUCGACACAUGGCACAUUUCCUGGUGAUGUAGCCGUUCAAGACAAAAAGCUUUGUGUAAAUGAGAUGAAAAUAUCUGUUUAUAAUGAAAGAAGUCCUGAGACAAUUCCAUGGGAUAAAGACUGUGCUGAGUACGUUGUUGAAUCUACCGGCAUCUUCUCAACUAUUGAAAAGGCUCAGGCGCACCUAAAGAACAGUCGUGCUAAGAAAGUCAUCAUAUCGUCACCUUCUGAGGAUGCUCCAAUGUUUAUAUGCGGAGUAAAUCUCGAUAAAUAUGAUAAGUGUAUGAACGUUGUCUCGAACGCAUCGUGUACUACCAAUUGCCUAGCACCUCUAGCCAAAGUCAUACACGAGUCAUUCGGUAUAGAGGGAGGUAUUGUUACCAGUGUCCACUCAUACACAGCUUCACAGAAAGUUGUAGAUGGUCCUUCCUCUAAAUGGAGAGAAGGAAGAGGUGCUGCUCAGAAUGUUAUACCAACCACAACUUGUUCGGCUGUAUCAGUUGGGAAGAUCAUACCUGAAUUGUCGGGAAAGUUGACUGGAAUUUCUUUCCGUGUCCCAACUGCUGAUGUUUCAGUGGUCGAUCUAACAUGCAAACUGUCAAGACCUGCAACAUAUGAAGAAAUAAAGGAAGCAGUUAAGACGGCAUCUAGAGGUCCAAUGAAAGGCAUCCUUGACUACACAGAAGACCCAGUUGUGAGCAUUGACUUCAAAGGCUGUUCUGCCUCUUCUGUUUUUGAUGCUAACGCAGGACUUCAACUGAAUGACACAUUUGUGAAGUUGAUAUCAUGUAUGAUAAAUAAUAAUUGUCAUCAUGUGUUGAGAGCCAAAGCAAUGUAUACGAGUCUUCAUCAACAUCUUUGA